AUGCCAGUGAUUCCUCCAGAUCCAGGCACAGGUGCUGCAGCGGCGCCUGCUGCUCGUUCAGGCAUCAUUGGUAAUGUUGGACCAUUUAAUCCCAAGGAGGAGAAAUGGGAGAACUACCAAAUGAGGUUAGAACUUUGGAUGAUGACCAAUAAAAUUGAAGCAGAUUUGAGAGCUGCCACUCUGCUCACUGUGGUUGGUUCCGCUGUGUUUGAAACUGCGUUAAGCCUGGUGUUUCCGGAUAAGGUGAAUGAUAAGUCUUAUGAGGACUUAGUUGGUGUUUUGAAUAAACAUUUCGUUUCGGCUAGUACGCCACUCGCUGCUAGACUGAAAUUCACGUCCAGGAAGCAAAGAGACUCUGAAAACAUGAGUGAUUUCAUUGCUGCUUUGAAACGCUUGACGGUUGACUGUAAAUAUACAGCAGAAGUGAAGGUUGAAGAGCGUUUGAUUGAGACUUUGUGUCACGGUGUAAGAAAUGAAAAGAUUACCAAGCGUCUUUUGGACGAAUGGACAAAAGGUGACCUGACAUGGAAGAAAACGUGUGAACUUUCGUUAUCCAUGGAACUUGUUGACAAAGAUUUGAAGGGUUAUGCUCAUGAAGCCAGUAGCCGUGGUACAGUAAAUCGUGUCGAUCACAAGAAAGGUUCAGGACAGUCAUCGCGUGGUCACCAACAGCAGUGCAUACGUUGCCAUGAUUAUAAACGUGGAAAUGGUGAAUACAAGGUUAACGUGAAAGUUAACAGUGUUAAUAUUGCGUUCACUAUCGAUACCGCCGCGUCCGUCACAAUCACAGGUGAAAAUACCUAUAAUAAGCAUCUCCGCUCAGUGAAAUGUGUACCCUCCGAUAUAAAGUUGCGUAGUUAUGGUGGUCAGCAAAUUGACAUUUUAGGUGAAAUAACAGUACCUGUGAAAUACAGGUCAUUCAAGCGCAACAAAGUGUCUUUAUUAGGUCGUAACUGGCUGAAUGAGAUGACACUUGAUUGGUGUGAAAUAUUCGCGAUCAGUGGUGCAAAAACAAAGUGCAGUGUUGAUCAAUUGCUAGGAAAGUACAAAGAUGUUUUCGAGGAGAAAGGUACUGGAACCAUCAAAGGGUUCAAGGCUGAAAUUCAAAUUCAAAAGGGAACAAAACCGGUGUUUCUCAAACCAAGGCCUGUUCCGUAUGCCGUACGCGAAAAAGUGGAAAAAGAGUUGGAUCGUCUGGCGACAUCUACGGUGUUCGAAAAGGUUGACAGGUCGAACUGGGCAUCGCCAAUCGUGGUUGUGCCUAAGGCAGACGGAAGUGUGCUUAUUUGUGGCGAUUAUAAGGUCACUGUUAAUCUGCAUAUCGUUGACGAGCCGUAUCCUUUGCCUACUCCGGAGGACAUCUUUACCAAACUUGCAGGAAAGAAACGUUUCACGGUGCUUGAUCUGAGUCACGCGUACUCACAACUUGAAGUUGAUGAGAAAUCUCGUGAGUAUCUAACGGUGAACACUCACAAGGGCUUGUUUCGAUAUCGGAAACUAGCUUGUGGAAUCAAGACAGCUCCACAUAUUUUCCAGAAGGUGAUCGAUCAAGUACUAGCAGGACUUCCAAAUGUCGGUAGUUUUCAGGAUGAUAUCAUUAUCGGGGAAGACGAUAAUGAUGAAUACUUGGCUACACUAGAAACUGUUCUUGAAAGACUAGCGAAGCAUGGUAUCAGACUCAAACGUAGCAAAUGUCGAUUCAAAUGUCCUGGGUCGAGUAUCUUGGACAUCGCAUUGAUGCUGAGGGUAUCCACCCUACUGAAGACAAAGUUGAUGCUAUCGUGA